UGCUUCUUGUUUUUUUUUAAAAAAAUAAAAAUUAUCUUAUAAUGGAAGAAAAAAAAAGCGCAUUACCUAGUACAAGUGGUCAUUGCGCAAAUGUAAAUAAUGAAACUGUUUCGAUUAAAGAAAAUGGAAAAGAAAAAUAUUCUACUUUACAACUUCCUCCUUCUUUUGCAGAAUCAGAAUUUCAUCAGAUUCAACGAAAUCAGAAUUCAAGAGGAGCAUUAUUAAAGUGGUCAAAUGUGCCCUCUAGAUAUCCAAAUUUGAGUAAUGCUUGGGAGUUUGCGGGAUGGGGAAGUACAUACUAUCUUGAAAUUGAUCCAUCAGAUAUUGAAACUUCUAAAAAGGAAUUAACACAAAAAGUAACUAUUGGACAAUGGCGAGCGACAUCUAUUGCUGGUAAUGACUUGAUUGCCUCUGUUUUAUAUUCUAUUGGUCCUUGUGUGCUACAAUCAGGAAAAUAUGCUCCAAUUUCAAUGCUACUUGUUGCACUACUGAUGUAUCCAAUGAAACGUAUUAUCACUGAGGUAGCUACAGCUAUGCCUCUAAAUGGAGGAACUUACAAUGCUAUGUUGAAUUCUACAUCAAAGUCCACAGCUGCAGUUGCUGCAUGUCUUUCGAUUCUGGAUUAUCUAGCAACUUGCGUUGUAUCAGCAUCAACCGCAAGUGCUUAUCUAGCAGCAGAAGUUACUCUACCUGAAAAACUAACACCAUUUGUAUUGACCAUUGUCAUCUUGAUACUUUUUUCGUUAAUCUGUUUAUUAGGCUUAAGGGAGUCAUCUACACUAACACUUUCUAUCUUUUCUUUACAUCUAAUCACUAUGGCUGUUGUGAUGAUGACAAGUAUCAUUAUGUGGGGGAAAAAUGGGAAUGAAACUUUAAUUGAUAAUUGGACAAAGAUAGCUAAUCCUCCAGGUACAAGUCCUAUUUUGAUGAUUGUAAAAGGUGUUUGUAUUGGGUUAUUAGGCGUCACUGGAUUUGAAUCUGCUGAAAAUUAUAUUGAAGAUUUAAGUCAUGGAACAUUUCCUAAAGUCAUGGAUAAUAUGUUUCGAUUUUUAUUAGCUUUGAAUGCACCCAUGACACUCUUUGUUACCGUCUUAGUCCCCAUUCCAAUUAUUCAAGAGAAUGCAGCUCAUGCAGUAUCUAUAUUAGGAGAGUAUGCAGCUGGUGGACAUCGCUGGUUACGUCUUUGGAUUAUGAUAGACGCAGUGAUUGUAUUAUGUGCUGGUGUCUUGACUGGACUUAUUGGAGCUAUUGGUUUAGUACAACGAAUGGCAAGUGAUGGUAUUUUACCCCAGUUCUUCUUGAACCGAAAUCGAUUCACAGGCUCUUAUCAAUACAUUAUUCUUAUUUUCUUAAUUCUAAGUAUCACACUUUAUUCAAUUGUAGGAGGGGAUACAAGUUCCUUAUCUGGCGUAUUUGCAGUGGCUUUCUUAGGCAGCUUAUCUACCUUUACUUUUGCAAAUAUUAUGAUUAAAUACAAAAGGAAUCGUUUGCCACGGCUUUCUAAAGUAUCCCUUCCAACUGUACUCUUGACCUGUCUUAUUUUACUAGCAAGUUUAAUUGGCAAUAUUAUAAUCAAUCCUAUGAUUGCAGAAUAUUUUGUUAUAUACUUUAUCGUAGUUUUAGUGGUGGUAUUAUCGAUGUUGAAACGUUGUUGGCUAUGGAAACUUUGCUAUUGGUUAUUCAGUCAAAUGGAUUUAUUACAUAAAUAUUACCCUCAUUUAUCAGAAAAGAUAGAGUACUUUAUACAGGUUCAUAUAAAGAAAAUAAGAAAGAAUCCAAUAGUAUUCUUUUUGAAGACAGACGAGCCUCAUGUAAUGAACAAAGCCAUACAAUACAUAAAAAAGAAUGAAGAUGCGGGUCAAAUCAAGUUUAUUCAUCUAUAUCAACAUUUAAAUGAUAUACCUGACCAUUUAGAGGCACAUCAUCAUAUGUUGGAUCAAAUUUAUCCCAAGAUUCAAAUUGAUCUAAUAUUUAUUCAAGGUGAAUUUAGUCCUGAAACUGUAGAUUCUAUAUCUAGACAGUUAAAUAUAUCUAAAUCACAAAUGUUUAUGGCUUGUCCUGGUAAAGACUUUAAACAUUCAUUUGGUGAUUUCGGUGGCUUACGUAUUAUCAUGUUAUAAUAACCUAUAUAUCACCCACCCACCCAACCAACCAACACAUUUUUUUAUUUUUUUUUUAUUUUCAUGUUUUAUUUUAUUUUAAAUGGAUAAUUUUUAGUUGAUCUUCAAAAGUUCAACGUCAAAAAUCAAAGUAGCUCUAGGAGGAAUAAGACCAGGGUAACCACGUUCACCAUAAGCAUAAUCAUAAGUACAAGUCAAUCUAGCCUUUUGACCGAUAGACAAUUGAGGGACACCUUCAUCCCAACCCUUAAUAACUUGACCAACACCAAUAGUGCAUUGGAAAGGGGAGUUACGGUCGCGAGAAGAAUCAAACUUAGUACC